AUGUUUCAGAUUCCUCUCGUCCUCGCCGCCUAUGGCUUCGAGCCCCCCUUGGAAUGUACUCCGAGUCCUUGGAAUGCUUGCCAUUUUCCCGGCCAAUAUUGUGUGAAUGGUCAAUGUCGUGACGUCAGGGAGUUGUUCGCUGAUGAUGGUGCUCCAGAAUCUGCUCCAGAAUCUGACCAAUGCCAUCCGGAGUGCCCACACGACUACAAUUGUAUCAAUGGCAAAUGCGUCCGUUAUGUCGAAGAAUCCCGUGGAAGAGUGAAGAAGAGUUGGCCAGAAUGCCUUCACGAUUUUAUGUGCAAAUACCACUACUGCUUGGGAGGAUUCUGUCUUACUCCACCGUUCCUCUAA